UUUAAAUAUUUGCAUGUAGACAGGAUUUGUAGUUAAAGAUUUUUUAGAUGCCUUAUUAAUAGACAGUUCAGCGCUGAUAUCUGUUUUAAGCAUAUGGGUAAUUUUAUUGCAUUCAUUCACUUACUUUAAAACACUAACUGAAGAAAAACAGUACGUCUUUGUUGUAUAUUAACUUUUAGUCCUGACCGAAGUACAUACUCUCUAUAGACUAUAUCCACUAAAGUAUCAGUCUGUUGGUUUAGAUAUAGUUUAUAGUCAUGGAAAUCUUGACAAAGAUUUGAAUUCGUUAGCAGUUUAGUAUGAUCUAUAUACUGUAUAGAUUAAAUCCAUGUAAAGGGAUAUUUAGUACACAUCAGGGACAAAAAUUUAAAUCAAGCUAAUCUCAUUCAUGUUCAAGGGCUUAAAGUUACAAAGGAGAAGACAUAUGCUGCAUUAAACCGGUGAUAAAUAACUCAAAUGUCUGUAAUACCUCGCUAUUACAUAAUAGCUUACUUACACACUAGACCCAACUACUGCAAUUCAUUGCUCUCAGAUGUUAACAAAGUCUAUAAAUCAAUUACAGGUUUAACUGGCACCAUGCAAACAGUGUACAUCAUCCCUGUUCCAAAGUCCCUGGUUCCCACCUAAACUAGAUUGAUAUUUUAUUUCAAUCUUUCCUUGCAAGAUAUAUUGUAAAAAUUGUGACACAUAAAAUAAAUGCUUUUCUGUGUGCCAUGCAGCUUGCCAUGUGCAGUUCUGUAUUACAAUGACAAUCACUUGAAAGCUAAGUUUGGGAAGGGGGUGACCAACAAACCUCUCAUCCCAGCUCUUGAAAUCCUAUAACUUAUCUUUGUAUACAUCAUGUUGCAUGUUUUCAGAAUCAGAAUCAGAAUCAGCUUUACUGCCAGGGAUGUGACAUACAAGGGAUUUGACUCAGAAUUGUACUCAUACAAUAAGUUUUCUGUUAUAUGUUUUAUAUUUCUCACUAAGCAUCACUUCUUAAAUGUGGUUUUGCCUCUACAUUUGUAGAAAGUGUAAUUUUUUUUUUUACUCCUUCCUGUUUGUUUUGUGCAAGUUUGCUUUUUGUCAGGCCACCAGCUUGUACUGAUUUUCAUUACUUUGUGGUUUUUCUUACUAAUAAAAUAAAGGCCAGGCUAAAGCAGAUAUUAUGACUGUUAUCUGCAAACAGACUGUUUUCUUUGUAAAGAGCAAUAAUAAUCAUGCCUUAUAAUAAGGAACCAGUCUGUUUGCAGAAAACAUAAUGUCAAAAUAUCUACUUUAGGGUGGCCAUUCAUAAAGUGAAGUACAACAACUAAAUAUUGUAUUUUUAAACUUAAGAAGCUUAACGUUAUUUUGCCCCUACAUCUGCAGGAGGUUGUAUGUAAUUUGUUUUUUUUAUUACUAAUUGCUUGUCCAUUGCUCUGCUGUUUAAAAAAUGGAAAUAAAUACAUACAUUUCUAAUUAUCUUUGAGUGUUUCCUUUUGGCAUUUAUGCGAGCUCGGCUGUUACACGUUCCAAGUUCCUCUACGGACAUAAAUAAGAGAUGUACCCCUCUACUUCCUGUUUUGUUUUUCUUUUCGCUCCAUGUCUGCUCGGGUCGGGUCGAUAUGGAACAAUUUGCGAGUCGAGGAGACAUCCACAGCCUGCCCGUGAAGAAACGCGGUCUUGUCAAACACUGUUGGACCUUAUAAACCAAACAGAAGCAGCGGGCAGCAGUAACACCUGCCGCGGGACUUCCGACACCCUCACUCCGCCUCUGGUGUCCGCGACAAUGGCACUCAGCUCGGGCGGCUGGGCUUCUCAAGCCCCGGUUCCUGCUUCGUCCCAGCAGGCUGUAUGCGGCGGGCCUAUGCUUGCGGCAUGCUGCAGCACUGUUUUAAUGUCAGUCCGGGUUUCGGUGUGCCAUUCCGGGAUCCGGCCCCUUUGCCUCCCCGGAGCAGGAAGCGAGGCUUUGCGCCUACAGCUCAGCAUGGACCCGAACCGGGCCGGAGAGUUCCGACUGGCGCUGCGAGAUACGAGCGGAAACCGCAGUGUGUUCAUUGCGGAGUUUGACCUGCGCUCGGUGCAGUAUGAGGUCAAAUCCCCUCGCUGCCAUGAGAUGCGCCUUGCUGCUCCGCCCCACGACUGCAUCCGCUUCAACUUCCGCUGUGACCGUGAAGCCGAGGAAUGGGCCACAGUGGUGAUGUCAUCACUAACAGAGGCACAUAGAGUUGCAAAUAUUGACACAUGUGAAUCAGAUGGCAGACACAACCACACAGCAGCAACCAUGGAGCAGUGGAGCUCAGCCUCGCUGCCGCUCACUGAGGAGCUAUGCUUGGAGCUUGCCAGGGCGAUUGAAGCAGGUGACACUCAAGCCGCAUCACAGCAUGCGUCUGCUCUGGCUCGGCAUAAAGCAGUGCUCACAAUUCAACUGUCUGAAAAGAACUACGCAGACGGAGAGAUCAGUUUGUCUGUGGUAGUGGAGGAUGUUUCGUCGUCCUGUUGUGUCACAGUGAAAGUCUUUCCUUACAUGACUGUGGCCGCACUCAAGCAACAGGUGUUUCUGGAGUACGGCUUCCAUCCUCGCGUGCAGCGCUGGGUGAUUGGUCAGUGUUUGUGCACCGAGCCAAGGUCACUGGCCUCCUACGGGGUGCAGAAAGACGGCGACACGGCGUACCUCUACCUGAUCUCUGCACGACAAGCCCGCAUUACUCGCCAGCUGUUCCAGCAGGACCUGGAGAGCGCCCUCCUCGCCCCACCUCUCCCCCCAGGCAACGGCCCCACCUCCCAGGACUGGAGGGGUUACAGCACCCUGCCCUCGAGGCUUCCUCACAACAACCAGGGGAGCACAGGUGGAGGAAGCGAUAGACCAGGUGACAUCAAAGAUGUCCUCGACAUUGAGCAUCUACAGCUGAAUGAUCAUACCAACAAAGCCAGUAAAACACAGACAGAGUGGGCUUGUCCCUCAUGCACUUUCAUCAACAAGCCGUCCCGUCCAGGGUGCGAAAUCUGCGCCACGGCCAGACCUGACACACACAUCCAGCAGGUACUGCAUAAUAUCUGGCAAUCAAUACCUGUUUGUAAUCUUUUCCCUCGGUGACAGUCGCCUUCUUUUUAUGUCUUAUAUUCUCUCACAAAGGAGAAAGGAAGGAGAGAGGAUCGAGGGGAGUCUGGUUUAAGCAGCAGCAGCUGACUGCCCAUCAUCGGUCGCCAUAUCGCACUCACUCACACACACAUACACGCACACACGGAGUGAGGAUGCUAAAUCUGCAACGUACAUGUUGACAAAAUACUCACACAAAGACUGUCAAAUGCACUGAGAGUCCUCUGACAGCUGGUUGGCUGCUGAAGACUGCAGCGUUUGAAGCACUGUAGCAUGACACAGAGCUGCACAGGUCAAGGCUCAGAACUGCAAACGGAGAGCGUCAGCUUUGACCAGUUAGAUGGACAUAACCAUGACCUCUGAAUUUGGCCUGACCUACUUUGUUAUUUAUUUUACAGGGUGUGUAAACAACACAGAGGGCUUUAUAUUUAAUUUAGGGGAGAGAGACAUGAUGCGUGCUCUUUGCAUUUGCAGCAGAAGAUGAAGAAACGUUCAGUUUCUGCCAACUGUGAAGUGAGGGGAACGUGGUGAGGUGACGCCUUGUGCAGAACCCUGUUCUUUUUUGUUAGUGUGUCAUCUGUUGGUGCCAUAAACAAUGUUGGAAGCCAUGGCUGAGAAGGUGCGUCACGUUUACAGGGUUUGUCAAGUGCUUUUAUUUUUUUACAACAUUGUAUUAAGUGUAUUAUUUUUAACAAGAUGCAUUGAGUAAUUGAUGUACAUUUUAGCAGUUGAUCUAAUUUUACUCAAUUCUCUCUGAGCUGUGACAGCAAUGGAAUGAUCAGUUUUAGUACAUAAUACUGUAAAAACUCGCAUUAGCUGAAUAAACAUAACGGCACUAAACAAA